UUGGGAGCAAUUCAAUUAGGGUGAGUGAAACUCACUAAAACAAAAAGAAAUCCAAUUACGAAGAAUAAGGGGUUUGAGUAGCAGUGGGAGUUCGAGAGUUUGCCAAAUUGGUUCUCUUCCAUCAUCUCCGUGCAGUGCAGUUCUGUGCAGGUUUUGGGGUUUGAACAAAAAUGGAAUCGGUGCCAAACCCAAACGGGGAGGAACCCACUUCGUGGGAUGAGCUAUACAACAUCAAUUUAAUGCCUUCAGAGUUAUUUCUCAAGUUCCGAAAAGAACUUCAGGGCAUUCGAGUUGGUCUCAACAUGGAGUUCUAUAAUGCCCCAGUCAAUGAAUAUCAAGCAAAGCUUGUAUUGAAGCCUUUAACACCUGAAUGGAAGUGGAAGAUAAUCUAUGAGCCCCUUCAUCAAGAUGUUCGUGUUCUUUCAAAAAAGAUCCCCAUCACUAAAUUUCUUAAUCUUCAGGUUGGUGUAGGACACAAUUUUCAAAUGCAUGCUACUGGUUGGAAAUGGAAGCUCACCACUUGUUUGGGUGGAGAUGGUAUAUCCCGGAUCCGAAAUAAGACUUCCGUUGGCUUGUUUCCCGGUUUUGAUUUACGGUUUGGAUGGAGGGCAGACUAUGUUCUUCCUGAAAUUACUGGGGCAUUGGGUACUGAUGAGCCAAUGUUCAACAUGCACUCAGGACGGCUACAAGCAUCAUUAGAUAGAGUUGAGGCCAUCUUAACCCACACUGAUGCUCCUUGAUUUGGUUAAGAAGAUAAUGUUCACGAGUUUCUGCAGGGAGUAAGUCAAAUUUUGAAGUGUGUCCUACCUGCCUGAAAUGCCUUGCCUCAAAUGGAGUCAAGAUGAUACCGCGAUGGUUAUUAAAAAUUGUGACAUGGCCCCCAAUUUAAAAUUAUGGAGCGUCUGAUAGGGAGUUUUACUACUCAUGUAUUCAAAGGGCUAUUUGCCUUGUGCAUACAUUAUUUCAACAGUGUCGAGUUAUUAAUUUGUUUUGUCCGUGCAAUAAUUUAUUAAUUUGUACAUGUGGCUGUAAUUAGUAUUUGUUUCAGAUCCCGAUUUGAGACGUUGCUAAUUGCUUGAUUAAGUCCCCAAAUAUCCCUGCUUUGCCAGAGAGAAGAAGGGUGUGGGGGUGUGUGGAAAUUUGAUUGCAUAAAUAUAACACUCGAUCGUGGUUUGCUUUUCUAACUAA